CAAACUGAUGGGCGCGGGCUGGCAUAUCGACAAUAAGGAAACACAGCUCUUUGCACACAUAUUGUGGUCCUAUCUCUCCCUCCCUACUCUCUUACGCAAAUAUGUCCACUAUCGGCCGUACCAUUAAGAACAUAAUGAAGGCAGGUCCUGCCAACUCAUUGAAACAAAUGAACUAUAUCGGUGAUACCAAAUGGGGUGCUCUUAUCGGCACUGACCGUAAUGGAAACAAGUUUUUCGAAAACAACGACGAAGUGUCAGGCCGUGAACGUUGGGUUGAGUACGCCAGUGUCGAUCCCGAAGCCGCAGAUAUUGAUCCCGCAUGGUAAAUAAGAGGACGAAAACGACCUAAACAUACACAUAAACAUUCGACGUGAACCCCAACAAAUUCACGUAUGAAAAAAGAAAGCGAAGAACAAAAAUAACACCAAGACAUUACAUUUAUUGGAAUAUAGGCACAUGUGGUUGGCCAGAAUCGUUCAAGAACCACCUACCGAAAUGAAUUUCAAGCCUCA